AUGACCGACUCCCGCUCCUUCCUCGAAGCAUCAAUUCCUGAGCUCAUCAAGAAACUCACCGUUAAUGAGAAGAUCGACUUGCUGGGUGCUCCGAACUGGUGGAAUACUUCACCCAUCGACCGACUGAAGAUCCCCUCCAUUCGUAUGAGCGACGGCCCUAAUGGAGUGAGGGGAUCAUCGCAUUUCGUGUCAACACCUUCGCAAUGUCUUCCAUGCGCCACUUCUCUGGCCGCGACCUUUGAUCCACAACUUAUACAUGAGGCUGGCGCUUUUUUAGCUCAGGAGGCCAAAACCAAAUCCUCCGUCGUCUUACUUGCUCCUACGUGCAACAUACCCCGUUCCCCCCUCGGUGGGCGAGCCUUUGAAUCAUUUUCAGAGGAUCCCCAUCUGUCUGGCGUUAUGGCAGCUGCGUAUGUGAACGGCCUCCAGAGUGAAGGAGUGUCGGCUACGAUCAAGCAUUUUGUAGCUAAUGAUCAAGAGCACGAAAGGACUGCUGCAGAGUCUGUCAUGUCGGAACGGGCGUUGCGUGAGAUUUACCUGUAUCCCUUCAUGCUUGCACAAAAGCAUGCAAAGCCUGGGGCAUUUAUGACCGCAUACGGCCGCAUCGGCGGGUUGCACUGCUCAGAGAAUCCCACUCUUCUGCAGGGGAUCCUGAGAGACGAAUGGAAGUUCAAUGGCAUCGUCAUGAGCGAUUGGUUUGGCACUUACGGUGUCUCUGAGCCUCUGAACGCAGGUUUGGACCUGGAAAUGCCGGGGCCACCCAGGUGGCGUACUCCCGUUCUAAUUCACCACUCCCUCACCGCGCAAAAGCUACUCCUCCCAACCAUCAAUGAGCGUGUCACCAACCUCCUCACUUUCAUCCAACAACAAGCGAAGAGAAACCCCGACAUUGUGUAUGGCGAUGGUGUCGAGCGGAGCCGCGAUUCUCCCGAGGCUCGCCAGUUCUGUAGGAGGCUCGCCGCAGAAGGAAUGGUCCUCCUCAGAAACCAGCGGGACACCUUACCUAUUUCUCAAGUUAAACAAAUUGCGGUGAUUGGACCGCAUGUUCAAGAGCGAAUUAUAUCUGGUGGUGGUUCAGCAGCACUCAAGCCAACCUAUGUUACAACACCCUGGCAAGGUAUCCAAAAUGCUGUUCCCAAGGGCGUAACGACUGUUUACACCGUCGGAUGUUACGCACACAAAUAUCUUCCAACUCUGGAAAACAAUUUAACCACUCCGGAUGGCAAAUCCGGCUGGCUUUGUACUUUUUAUAACCAAGACGCGAAUGGUAAACCAACGAAAGCGGUAGCCGAUUUUAUUCUCAACGACACCCGGGUAAAACUGAACGACUUCCUUCCUUCUGGACUGGCGGAUGAAUGGACUAUCAAGUUGUCGGGAAAACUUAUGGUCGAGACCAGCGGGCUAUACGAACUCGGGUUGACCGUUGCCGGUCGUGCUAAACUGUUCGUGGACGGAAAAUUAACCAUCGACAACUGGACAAAGCAGACACCUGGGGACUUUUUCUAUGGUCAAGGUACAAUCGAGGAGACGGCCGUCAUAGAACUCAAGGCUAAAAGCGCAGUUGAUAUCCUUGUCGUGUACACGAAUACUUCGCCCAUAGAUGACGGCCCAGAUGACGAAGUUGCUGCGUCACAGCCUGCACUUAUGCGGGGAGUUCGCCUCGGCGGAUGUCCUAAGAUUGAUCCUGAUCAAGCUAUUCAAGAGGCUGUCGACUUAGCUGCGAAAUCUGAUGUAGUCAUCUACAUUGGAGGCCUCACCCCGGAAUGGGAGAGCGAGGGAUUUGAUCGCCCUAGUCUGCAGCUUCCUGGACGGCAGGACGAGUUAAUAACAAAGUUAAGCCGAGCAAACCCAAACACAGUAGUUUGUAUACAAGCCGGAUCAGCUGUAUCGAUGCCUUGGGUAGACGACGUAAACGGCAUCAUUCAAGCCUGGUAUUCCGGCAAUGAAGCGGGCAAUGCGCUUGCAGACGUCCUCUUUGGGAAGAUCAACCCAAGUGGGCGGCUCCCGCUCACUUUACCUGUUCGCAUUGAGGACGUUCCAUCCCAUCUUUGCACGCGCAGCGAGAAUGGAAAGAUCCAUUACCGCGAAGACCUAUUCGUGGGUUACAAGCACUAUCAAGCAAGAUACAUCAAACCUCUCUUCUCCUUCGGUCACGGACUAUCGUAUACAAAGUUUGAACUGUUGAGGGUGGGCUGUGCUAUGCUAUCUGAACAGCCAUUCGGACUAGAAGUCAGUAUCACCGUUAAGAAUAUAGGCUCUACGACAGGGUCGGAAGUCAUCCAGGUCUACGUCGCAUAUCCACAACGACAUCUCAUACACCCCAAACUCCAAUUGAAGGGAUUUGCAAAGGCCAGAGACCUUCGUCCUGGAAGCUCCACCACGGUCACCAUCAAACUCGACAAAUAUGCUGUUUCUUACUGGGACGAGAGCAGUCAUAAAUGGGUAGCAUCUGCUGGGGAAUAUGGGCUGUCUUUUGGGACUAGUUGCGAUAAUAUUGCCCUAGAAAGCAAGUUCGAGGUGAAGGAGACCUUUUCGUGGUUAGAACUCUAG